CUUGUUAUACACAUCAUUGUUAGUUGUUGCACCACACAAUGACGAGUCUCAUGAUAAACCACCCUAUUAAUUUCAUGGCAAGUAGUGUUAUUAGGACACUCUCACAAUCACAACGUAUGCAACUUCCAAUGUUACGCCCUACUAGGAUGCAUGCCUUGUCCAUUAAAAGUGAUCUUGAGAUAAUGAGGCAGCAGAUGGUGGUGGUGGAUGAUGAUGAAUCAUAUGCAAUGAAAGGAGGCGAGGGUCCUCACAGUUAUGCCAAAAACUCCAUUAUUCAGAAAGGUUUGAUUGAUGGCAGUAAAAGACUGAUCCAGGAAGCCAUAUCACAAAGCUUUGAUCCCAAAGAACAUAUUCAUGGAAAUGAUGAAUCAUCAACACCAAUUUGCAUAGCAGACUUAGGAUGCUCAACAGGACCAAACACAUUCUUUGCAAUGCAAACCAUAACUGAAGCAAUACAACUCCAAUUCCAAUCACAUGGUCUUGCUUCUCAAAUCCCAGACAUCCAAGUCCUCUUCAAUGAUCAAGUCUCAAAUGACUUCAACACACUCUUCAAGAACCUUCCCCAACAAAGAAUCUAUUAUGCAACCGCUGUUCCUGGCUCUUUCUGUGGACGCUUGUUUCCAAAGCAAACACUUCAUUUGGUUCACUCUUCUGCAGCACUUUGCUGGCUCUCUAAGCUCCCCAAUGAGAUCACAGACUCAGAUUCUAGUGCUUGUAACAAAGGGAGGAUUCAUUACACUGAUGCACCUAAGGAAGUGGCAGAUGCUUAUGCAACUCAGUAUAGGAAAGACAUGGGGAAUUUCCUCCAUGCUAGAGCUCAAGAACUUGUGGGAAAUGGGCUAAUGCUACUUCAGUUUCCUGUGUCUAAUGUUGUUCUUGAUUCAGAUGUAGACCCUGCUAAAGUUUUUGAACUCAUUGGAACUUGCCUUGUGGAUAUGGCCAAAGUGGGAGUGAUUAGUGAAGAAAAAGUGGAUUCAUUCAAUGUGCCUUUGAUAUACCCUUCUGUCAAGGCUGUGAAGGAAAUUCUUAGAGGAUGUGAUGAAUGUUUCAGCAUUGAGUGGAUGGAAAUAUUGGAAUUCAAGAACAUGGUGUCAUUGCCAACUGUGCAAAUAUUUGUUUCAUGGUUCAGAGCUGCGCUGCAAGGGAUGAUUGAGAAACACUUUGGAGCAGAAAUAGUUGAUGAGCUUUUCGAACGCUUUGCCGAGAAAGUUAAGGAAUUUCCAGACAUCAUGGACAAAGAUAAACUAAAACUUGAUGUGCUGUUUGUUCUUCUCAGGAGAAAGAACAAGCCAAGGCCAUAGGCUGUGUUAUUCAAUGUGAACAUCAUCAGGUUUAAUUAGUAAAUGGGGAUAUAAUAAAGAGUUGGUUCCAUUCUUGUACUACUAAUUAUCUUAAACUGGAUAUUAAUGCUAUAUUUGAAUUUUGCUUAAAUAUCUAAUGGUUUAUUAGAGGUUCAAAAUUUGUAUCAAGUCAAUAACAGAUCAAAGUGGCUAAUGAUGUUUACUUGCAAUUUUCAACUUCAAAUUCUCUGGUGCCGUUAAAUAUAUGUCAUAAAAUGUACAAAACGUAGAUGAUACAUGAU